AUGUUAGAGAGUGGUGCACGUGAUUCUGAGGUGAGUUUGGACACUGUGAAUUCGACGCAGCGAAGCUCCAUGAGCAGUGAAAGCAUUUGCAGCACGAGUUUCAGCCGUCUUUCAUUCGACCUCCUCCCCGCCUCGCCGGAGAGUCUCUCAGUCAAGCCUCACCGCUCCUCCGACUUCGCCUACUCCGCCAUCUGCUCCGCCACAUUCCGCCGCAAGGCCGCCCUCACCUUCCGCGACUUUCAGCUCCUCCGCCGAAUCGGCGCCGGCGAUAUCGGUACCGUCUACCUCUGCCGCCUCCGCAACACCAGAAACGAAUUCGACAACGAAGAAGAAGAAGACUCGUGCUGUUUGUACGCCAUGAAAGUGGUGGACAAAGACGCCGUGGCAUUGAAGAAGAAGGCACAGAGAGCGGAAAUGGAGAGAAAGAUCCUCAAGAUGCUCGACCACCCUUUCCUCCCUACGCUCUACGCUGAGUUCGAGGCCUCACAUUUCUCUUGCAUUGUCAUGGAGUUUUGUUCCGGUGGAGACUUGCACUCCCUACGCCACAAGCACCCUCACAACCGUUUUCCUCUCUCCUCAGCAAGAUUUUAUGCGGCUGAGGUACUGGUGGCGUUGGAGUACCUCCACAUGUUGGGAAUCAUCUACAGGGAUCUAAAACCUGAGAACGUGUUGGUCAGAUCUGACGGUCACAUCAUGCUUUCUGAUUUCGAUCUUUCUCUUUGCUCAGAUGCAAUCCCUGCCGUUGAAUCCUCUGAUUGCUUACAAGAUCCUGCGAUUCCAUCUGCAUUACCUUACAAUCGCUCGCGUUCUUUUUCUACUCCAUUCUCGUGCUUCUCGAACCGGGUGUUCCGGUCCCGCAAGGUCCAAACGGUUCAGCCGAACCGGCUUUUCGUGGCCGAACCGGUUGCUGCCCGGUCCCACUCCUUUGUUGGAACCCACGAGUAUGUAUCGCCGGAGGUCGCUGCCGGCAACUCACACGGAAACGCCGUUGAUUGGUGGUCCUUUGGCAUAUUUAUCUACGAGCUCAUCUACGGUCGUACGCCGUAUGCGGCCCCAUCGAACGAGGCUACGCUGCGCAACAUCAUAAAGAAGCCCCUGACCUUUCCCACGUCCACGCCCUCCAGCGCGCUUGAACUCCACGCGCGGGACCUGAUAUCCCGCUUGUUGAACAAGGAUCCAGCUCGACGGCUUGGGUCGAAGCGCGGCGCCGCUGACGUCAAGAAGCACCCCUUCUUCAAAGGGCUUAACAUGGCGCUGAUUCGCAUGCUGACGCCGCCCGAAGUGCCGGGCUCGAGAAAGACAAAAACGACGUCGUCGCACCAUGCUAAGGGUAGUAGUAGACAGAAAUCCACGUCAUCGUUUGAUUAUUACUUUUGA